GACCGGCGAAGUUACGUGCUUUGGGUUCAUUCUCCUACUACACUCUGAGCGUCGAAGGUGGUGUAGGUUAUUUGCGACUUGGGAUACCGAAACGAUUUAGAAUUUGUGCUGACAGUCUUCAUUUUGCACACGAAGAUGGGUGUGUUUGCAUGGGUGACACUGGCAACGAAUGAUUCCUAUUCACUUGGUGCUUUGGUCCUGGGGCAUUCAUUACGACGAGUGGGCACGCCUCACGACUUGGUCGUACUGGUCACCCCUGGUGUCUCAGCUUCUAUGAGGGACCGGCUCUCAUCAGUCUUUACUCUGGUCCAAGAAGUGAAUCUUCUUGAUUCACGCGAUGAAGCUAACCUUGCCUUACUGGAGCGGCCCGAACUUGGAAUCACAUUCACCAAACUUCACUGUUGGCGACUCACACAAUAUGAGAAGUGCGUCUUCUUGGAUGCUGAUACUCUGGUACUGAAGAAUUCUGAUGAACUGUUUGAACGAGAGGAACUGUCAGCAGCGCCUGAUCCCGGUUGGCCGGACUGUUUCAACUCGGGCGUAUUUGUAUAUCGACCGUCAUUAGACACAUUCAAUGCACUUAUUAAAUUUGCCCUUUCAAAAGGAAGCUUUGAUGGUGGUGAUCAGGGCCUCUUGAACUUGUUUUUCUCUGAUUGGGCAACAAAGGAUAUUAGUCGUCACUUACCGUUUAUUUACAACAUGGUGUCUACAGCUACGUACUCAUACCUUCCGGCUUAUAAGGCAUUUGGUGAAAGUGCAAAAAUUGCGCACUUUAUCGGGUCAAAUAAACCAUGGCUUCAGUACUUUGAUUCUGAAACUCGUUUGGUGAGACCUCCUCAAGGUUCUGAACAUCUGCAGCGCUUGCUGCAGUUGUGGUGGGACAUCUUCUGUUCCACUGUACAUCCCAGCCUGUCACCAGAUAUGGCCCAACGCAGUUCUAACGAGACUCGAGCACACACUGCUCCACAAACAGUUUCACAUUUCACCAACGAUCUGUUCCAAAGAUUUCAACCUAUGUCUGUUGAUUCAGAAUAUCAACCCAUACCAAUCUCUCCUUAUAUUGAAGAUCCAGGUUUGGCCUUUUGGGAUCCCUGGGAAGAUAGUAUGGAACUUCCUGACAACACCAAAUAUAAUAAUCAUUCUUCACACACAACUUUAUGGAAUUAUCAUGGAUCAGAACAACAACUUAGAGCAUUUGAAAAUGAUAAAAGACAAUCUGGGUGGCAGAGACACACACAUGAUUAUCAGAGUACUCAGAAAACUGUCAUGUCUUCACAUGAAACGUUCCAGACACAAUCACAUCAUUCUCAGCAAAACCAUCAGAAAACACUGCUGCAUCAUCAGUCAUACCAACACAACCACCCUGAACUACCUCACCAUAAUGUACCACAUCAUCAAACUGAAAUGCACCAUCAUGAACAACAUUAUCACCAUGAACCACAUCAUCAAACUGAAAUACACCACCAUGAGUCACAUCAUCAGACUGAAAUGCACCAUCACAAACCACAUUAUCACCUUGGACCACAUCAUCAAACUGAAAUGCACCAUCAGAAACCACAUGAUCACCUUGAAACACAUCAUCAAACUGAAACGCACCAUCAUGAACCAUAUUAUCACCAUGAAUCACAUCAUAAAACUGAAGUGCACCAUCAUGAACCACAUUAUCACCAUGCAGCACACCAUCAAACUGAACUAUAUCAUGAUCCACCUAAUCAGACUGAACUGCAACAUUAUGAACCAUAUUAUCACCAUGAACCACAUCAUGAAACUGAAAUACACCAUCAUGAACCACAUUAUCACCAUGAACCACAUAAUCAGACUGAACUGCAGCAUAAUGAACCACAUUAUCACCAUGAACCACAUCAUUAUGAACUACAGCACCACCAGGAACAACUCAACCACAAUCAAAGAGAUCAUAAUCACCAUGAACUUCAUCAACACCACCAUCACCAAGAAUCUCCAUCCCAGCAGCAACAACACCGUAAUGAUCAAUACAGCCAUGAACAUAAUGCACAACACCACACUAAACCACACACCCAAGAAACAUAUCACAGAUAUAAUGUACCUACCCCCCAGAGGGAAGGUCAGAACCAACAAAAAAGACUGGGGGAACACACAGACAAAGGACCACAUCCAGAUGCACCCCCUCCUGCUUCCCUUAGUAGCAGUGCUACUAAUAACAACAAGUAUGUUAAAAUAUCCCAUGAGCUUGAAUGUUUAGUAGCUCAGCCAGCCUUGACGGGUGGAUCAUCUAAAGCUGCAGACCAUGAUCUGGGUUUGGCUGGUGCCCUUGCUCAAAUGACUCUUGGAGUUCCUCGUUCAGCUGAACAGACAGCAUUUGAGGAACACAUGAGGAAACAGGCAUGGGAGCAAGGCAACAUGGACUACAUGGGUCGUGACUCAUUUGACAACAUCUGGCGCAAGAUUACAGAAACAUUGGCCGAGGCACCUCCCAAACCAGAGACCCAGAAAGCUGCCACAGGAGAGGUUCCAACCAUUAAGCCUAUACCAGAACCAAUCCCCCUUUUAUCAGAACUUGCAGAACCAAAAUCCACUACACUUCCUUCAACAGGUGCUGAUGAAACACCAGGAAUUACAAGCUCUGCAACUAAACCAACAGAACCUACUCUUCUGAUGACACAAGAUAGUGAACCAUCACUACCAAAAUCUGCAGCACCUUCUGUACCUUCAGUUCCUCCUGAAGGACCCACACCAUCUCCCUCUCCAGGUGACCAGGUUAAAGUUGAACAAACUGUCCCACACACACCAUUAGUAACUGAGGCGACACCUCCCACAUCCCCACCUGUAACCGCAUCUACAGCUGACAACAGAGCACUUACAGUUGAUGUAUCGCCACUGGAAACACCUCCACUGGGAUCCACGCCUGAAAAACCUUUAUCUGACACGCAAAUACCUGCCCCGGCCACGCAAACUGUACAGGUUUCAGAAUCUCCUGUACAGGCAGAAGCAGUAUAUGUUUCAGAACAGGAAACAAAAUCAACUGAAAGCAAAGAGCUACCAGUUCCUACACAAGGAAUUCCAUCUGCUAUACCAGCAGAAACAAAACCCACUGAAGAUCUAUCUGCAUCCCAGGAAACACUGCCUGCACAGAAGAGUCCUGUAUCACAACCAUCUCCCACUCAAGAGAAUCCUCCAGCUUCUGUGGCUUUAUCCUCCCCAGUGCCAUCUUCUCUACAAGAAGUUCCUGUAAUCCCUUCUAUCCCACAGGUGCCUCUAACACAAGAGAGUCUUUCAGCUGUUUCUGCACCUCUGGCUUCCAUCCCAGAACCAUCUCAAGUACCAGAGGUUCCUGUAACCUCUUCAAAUGCACAGGCGCCUCCCGCACAAGAGAGUGCAUCAGCUUCCAUCCCAGAACCAUCUCCUACACCAGAAGUUCCUGUAACCCCUACACUCGUUCAUGUACCUUUGACUCAGGAGAGUUCAUCAGGUUCUCUACCUUUAGCUUCCACCCCAGAACCAUCUCCAGUAUCAGAGGUUCCUGCAACCCUUUCAGUUGCACAGGUGCCUCCCAUUCAGGAGAGCUCAUCUGUUCCUGUACCUCCAGUUUCCACCCCAGAACAGAGUCCUGUAGCUUCACCUAUACCUCAACAACCACCUCCUAUACAAGAGGUUCCUGCAGACCUUACAGUUCCUCAGCAGGCAGCUUCUACAGAAGAGGCUCUUGCGACUCCUGUAACCAAACAUGUUGAACAAAAGGAACCCUCAUCUGUCCAGCAACACCUCCCUCCUACACCACCUGCAAGUCCUGAUUCAGUAGAAACAAAACCAGUUCUGGCUUCACCUUCAACUCAAGCCCCUGUUUCAUCUGAGAAAACAGAAGUAAAACAAAGGGAACAAAAGGGAUCCCCACCUGCAGACAAAACAGAAUCUCAUUCUGAAUCUGCAGCAGAAGACAUUCAUCAAAAACCAACAGCUCCUGUUCAGGCAUCCACAACAAUAGAUAAAACAAAACCCACCCUCUCAGAAACUAGUCCUGUAAUAGAGAAACAAGAUCCUGAACCCACACCAACUGCAGACCAGAAGGUUGGUCCACCUGUUCCACCAUCUCCUGGUCUGUUGCCUUCUGCACCAGCAGAAACUGCACCCACAGCGGCUCCUCCACCUUCAAAACCUGCACCAGCUGAACCUCCAUCUCCUGCACCUUCAUCAAAAUCUAAGGAACCUCCAAAGACACCUACACCUGCAAAAGCUGAAGGUCCUGCUCCAACAGCCCCAUCAAAAACACAAUCAUCUCCUGUUCAGGAUGCUCCAAAAAAAGCAACAGAAGCAAAAUCUUCUACUGGCGAAAAGGAGGGCUCUGCUCCUUCAGCACAGUCAAAACCUGAAGAAUCCCCAAAGUCGGUACCAUCAAAGCCAUCAGUUUCUGAAUCUCCUCCCUCAACACCAGAGGCAUCACCCUCAGAUCAAGCUCCUGUACCUCCCAAACGACGUGGUCACAAAGGGGUAGGGACUGCACCACCAGAUCAAGGAGCUGCUAGCAAGCCUGCAGCACAGUCUCCUCAAAGCAAAGGUCCUAAACCAGGGCAGAAAAGCAAGAAGUAAUAAUGAUGUCACUAUUCUCUUUGCCUUUCUAAUUACAAGCACUGCACUAUCUUACGAUGUGCCUUCAUCCAAGCUUAAAGUGAAUAAUUUAAUGUUCCACUGCAUGUAUUCAUUGAGAUUUGUGUUCUUUCCCAAAACAGGAUAAUGAAAUACAUACAUUUUACACGUGUGUUGCAUGAUGAUUGGCACAAACUGAAAUUAAAAAUAGAUAUUUAGAGUGUAGUUGGAAAUUUGCUUCAUUGUAAUAUAAAUUAUGUAGAUGUUCAGCUCAGUAUAUGUUAUAAAAGUAACUAAAGGUUGAAUUGUUACGGUGAAAGCAGAGCUGUACUUUGAUAAGAAUAUCGAAAUGUAUGUUGAUAUUUCCCCCCAAAUUUCUUUGUUACCUGUACUUAUUUUUUCUAGUGCUUUUCAAAGCACGGUGAGAAAAUAAUGAUUACUUUGAAGUGAAGUUGUUUCCCUGCCUUUUCUUUAUUCCUGUAUUUAAGUGCCAUGUAUAUGUGACCUGAAGUAUUUAAAUUUUAAAGUAUAUUUUACUUUCUCAAAAUUCAUAUAUAGGUCAUUGAAAUGUGAUUAUUGUAACAGGUGCAGCACCUGGAACUUUGCCUUUAUUCAUUUGUAGUUCUUGCGUAUUGAUGAUUCAUUCAGAAGUGAGGAAUACUCGUGUGUUUAUAAUAAAUAUCUAAUUUACACAAUUUGUUGUUUAUUUUAAGCGUGAAUUGUUAACACAUUUAAUAUAAGUAAGUGUUGAGUUUUAGGAAAUGUUACUGAAAUUUUGUACUGGAAAUAAUGCAAUAACUACAUUAAAUGAAUGGAAACAUAGUGUUUAUUUUUUUAAGCUAUUUAAAUGAAUGUGUUACAUAGAAACUAAUGCAAUAUUUGAAUGUAGAGCACACUUCCUUUUAAUUUAAAGAAAUUUUUCCUUAUUUCUGCUUCCUUUCACUGGAGCCUGAUUAGCACAAUUACCAGCAUAAUAGGACUGAAUUUGACUAGGGAAUUUGUAACAAUUGUGGUGCUAUACAUGAUUAUACUGGUAUUUCUCAGCAAGCCAUUCACAGUCAUAAGUAAGCAAAUAUGAUAUUGUUUAAAGUUCAUGAUUUAUUAGAAUAGUAUUUAUAAUUUUAAAAUUCUUGUUAAAUGUUAUUUUCAGAAAUAGGUUUUCGUAUCUUGAUGAGAGUUCUCGUUUACUGUAGUUCUGACAUACUUAAAUUGAAAUAGUUAAGAAAUUAAAACAGUUGAUAUGAUUUACAUAAAAUAAUGCUCAUAUUUCAACCAAGUGUAGAACAGUUUCAGUUCUCUGUACACUUAAUUAAUCUGUAUUGAAUUCUUCUGACUCUAAAUUUAAAUGUUACAUUAGUCAGGAAUUAUAUUUAAAUCAACAUAUGGCUGAAACUCCCUGAUGAAUACAUUACAUAUAAUUUGUGAGUUAUGUGUAUGGUCUUUCAUUGAGCACACAAAUCAGGCAGUAAGGAUACAAGAUAGUAUUUUGCAAGACCACUCAACUGGAUGUUGAAUAUGAAGGUUAUAUAUAAUCUGAGCUUGUUGCUAGUUACUGUGCCACAUUUAGAGGUUAGAGAUAUUUGUUAAACAUCCAUUGUCAAUAAAUAGAUGGCAGGAUUAUGUGGAAAUUUAAUUUUUGAAUGAGUUUGUUCACAAAGAAAGGUCUUAGCAAUGGAUAAGGGCAAAAUUUAAGUGAACUUUGAAUUGAUUUCCUGUCAUGGUAUUACACUUUGUUUCAUUAAAAUGUUUGUAAAUUCCUUAGCUACGAGCAGUUUACUGUCAAGUAAAGUAAAACUUUCUAUUCAAUAUUACUUCAUAUGAUGCAAUGUUUAUGUUGCAUUUUAUAAGAAGCUUCUCAUGACAGGAUGAUAUAAGCAUUAUAAAGAGGCAAUUUUUCAAAGGCUGUUCAGUGGAGAAGGUUCAAUAGUCAGUAUUGUAGGUCUCCAUUUUCCUUAAGUUGUGAUAUGAGAUACCAAUUUACAAUUCUGCCCUAGGUCUAGGGCUCAUUUUCUCUAGUGGCAUACAAUCCUAAGUCUUGUUAGUACCAUUUUAAAAAGAUUCAAAUUUGAAAUAAAUUUCCGACACUGAAAACUAUACAAUAAUGGCAUUCAUAUUAAAAAUUUGUGCAGUCAGGAUGGAGCCAUUCUGGUGAAUUGGAACUUUUAUAAUUCACCUUUUAUUUUUUGUAUUUUAAAAAUUAUUAUUUACUAGAUAUCAUUCCACCCUCUGACUGUGUCACAUUGGUGUGCUGGCACCUUCUUUUGUAGGGAAAGAAAGAUACCUAAUAGGUGUAUGUUUGUUUUUAUGUUCUGAUUUCUGUAACAUAAAGAUCAACAUUGAGCUCUAAGGAAGUUUGUUUAAUUAUUGCUCUUAUUUUAAUUAAUUACAUUUUGAAUUAUAUAUGAAAAUUAACUGGCCUGGAAGUUGAGAAUAUCUAGUGUCAUAGAUGUGAGAAAAUUAUUUUGGUAUGUUGUGUGUAUUACACGAGCCAUGUUUAAAAUGUCUGGGUGUAUUUCCAAACCUUCGUUCAAGAAUCCUUUGUAUUUAAUGUUAUCAGUUUAUACAGUAUGCCCAAAAGCCAAAAGAUGUUACCUUAUUAUUUUUAGAUAAUGUUUUUAUUGCAAUGUAGUGACAUAAUAUGCCAAAAUAAGCACAUCUGUUAUCUGUUCUACAGAUAUUUUGUUUUCCUAUAAGAUCUAGUCUAGAUACAUUUGCUAGAUGUAUGUUAAUUGAUUGUGAGUUCCACAUAUGUACAUUUUACUACAUUCCUAGUAAAAAUAAGUAUCUGCAAUGUUUCUAUACUACCUUGAGUGAAGUUAUGCAAAAGUCCUUAUAGACUUGACAAUAUUUGAUUGUCCUCCUGAACUUGUAAGUUCUAGUGGUGAUAGAAAUAAUCACUUUUCUAGACCAUAAUCUCACCUAAUGACAAUAAUUGAUGACUGAAAACGUGAAAAUGCCAUGACCUUAUACAUGAGUUCGUUUAUGUCAGUGAAAGUGUAAAUAAAUAUAAUGUGAUCUUAAUUGACCAAAAUGGUAUGUUGUAAGAUCACUUGCUGGGGUAGCAGCUUUAGCAGAAGAUGGAACAAUGUAAAUUUAGCAUACAUGUAGCAAAUAGUGAUGA